AUGGAAGCAAGUGCAGGAAUGGUGGCCGGUUCUCACCGGAGGAACGAGUUGGUUCGGAUUCGCCAUGAUUCCGACAGUGGGCCAAAACCGUUGAAGAACCAGAAUGGACAGAGAUGUCAGAUCUGUGGUGAUAAUGUUGGAGUUGGUGCUACCGGUGAUGUGUUUGUUGCUUGCAAUGAGUGUGCCUUCCCUGUCUGCCGGCCUUGUUAUGAGUAUGAACGGAAAGACGGGACUCAGUGUUGUCCCCAAUGCAAGACUAGAUACAAGAGACAUAAAGGGAGCCCUCGGGUGGAGGGAGAUGAUGACGAGGAAGAUGUUGAUGAUCUGGAAAAUGAGUUUGAUUAUCCUCAAGGGCACGGUAAGGCAAGGCCGCAGUGGCAGGGUGAAGAUGUGGAUCUUUCUUCAUCCUCAAGACAUGAAUCUCAACAACCAAUUCCCCUUCUAACCAAUGGCCGUACGGUUUCCGGAGAAAUUGCUACUCCAGACAAUCAAUCUGUGAGAACAACUUCAGGUCCUUUGGGCCCUUCUGAAAAGAAUGUUAGUUCGUCACCUUAUGUUGACCCAAGGCAACCAGUUCCGGUGAGAAUCGUGGACCCGACAAAGGACUUGAAUUCUUAUGGCCUCGGGAAUGUUGAUUGGAAGGAAAGGGUUGAAAGUUGGAAACUCAAACAGGAUAAAAAUGUGAUGCAUAUGAACAAUAGAUACCCUGAAGGGAAGGGAGAUCUAGAAGGAACUGGUUCAAAUGGGGAGGAACUGCAAAUGGCUGAUGAUGCUCGUCAACCUUUGAGUCGUGUGGUGCCUAUUUCUUCAUCUCACCUGACCCCUUAUCGUGUUGUCAUCAUUCUUCGUCUCAUCAUUUUGGGCUUUUUCUUGCAAUAUCGUGCAACACAUCCAGUGAAAGAUGCAUAUCCAUUGUGGCUAACAUCUGUUAUCUGUGAGAUUUGGUUUGCCUUAUCAUGGCUUCUGGAUCAGUUUCCAAAAUGGUAUCCCAUAAAUCGUGAGACCUACCUUGACAGGCUAGCUUUGAGAUAUGACCGAGAUGGGGAACCAUCACAGCUAGCCCCCGUAGAUGUUUUUGUCAGUACAGUGGAUCCACUCAAAGAGCCUCCGCUUGUCACAGCGAACACCGUCUUGUCAAUUCUUGCAGUGGAUUAUCCUGUGGACAAAGUAGCCUGCUAUGUAUCAGAUGAUGGUUCAGCUAUGUUGACUUUUGAAGCCCUCUCUGAAACCGCGGAGUUUGCAAGGAGAUGGGUGCCUUUCUGCAAGAAGCACAACAUAGAGCCUAGAGCUCCUGAGUUUUACUUUGCUCAAAAGAUUGAUUAUCUAAAGGACAAGAUACAGCCUUCCUUUGUCAAAGAGCGUCGUGCAAUGAAGAGAGAAUAUGAAGAAUUCAAGGUUCGGAUCAAUGCCCUUGUUGCCAAAGCUCAGAAAAUGCCCGAAGAAGGUUGGACCAUGCAGGAUGGUACGCCGUGGCCUGGAAACAACCCAAGAGAUCAUCCAGGAAUGAUACAGGUGUUUUUAGGUCACAGUGGAGGGCUUGAUACUGAUGGAAAUGAGCUACCUCGUCUUAUCUAUGUUUCCCGUGAGAAGCGACCUGGCUUCCAGCACCACAAGAAAGCUGGUGCGAUGAAUGCUUUGAUUCGAGUUUCAGCUGUUCUUACCAAUGGGGCAUAUUUGUUGAAUGUCGAUUGUGAUCACUACUUCAAUAAUAGCAAAGCUCUUAAAGAAGCAAUGUGUUUCAUGAUGGAUCCUGCAUACGGAAGAAAAACAUGCUAUGUACAGUUCCCUCAACGUUUUGAUGGUAUUGACUUGCACGAUCGAUAUGCCAACAGAAAUAUUGUGUUCUUUGAUAUUAACUUGAAAGGAUUAGAUGGCAUCCAAGGUCCAGUCUAUGUGGGAACUGGUUGUUGUUUCAACAGGCAAGCCCUAUAUGGUUAUGAUCCAGUUCUAACAGAAGCUGAUUUGGAACCAAAUAUUAUCGUUAAGAGUUGUUGUGGUUCAAGAAAGAAGGGAAAGAGUGGGAAUAAAAAGUACAUUGACAAGAAAAGGGCAGCUAAGAGAACUGAAUCUACCAUCCCCAUUUUCUGUAUGGAAGACAUUGAGGAGGGUGUUGAAGGAUAUGAUGAUGAAAGGUCUCUUCUUAUGUCUCAGAAGAGCUUAGAGAAGCGGUUUGGUCAGUCCCCGGUAUUUAUUGCUGCUACCUUCAUGGAGCAAGGAGGCAUUCCACCAUCAACCAAUCCUGCAACUCUUUUGAAAGAAGCAAUCCAUGUAAUUAGUUGUGGAUACGAGGAUAAGACUGAAUGGGGCAAGGAGAUUGGAUGGAUUUAUGGUUCUGUUACAGAAGAUAUUUUGACUGGUUUUAAGAUGCAUGCCCGUGGGUGGAUAUCAAUCUAUUGCAUGCCUCCUCGUCCAGCAUUUAAGGGAUCCGCUCCUAUCAAUCUUUCUGAUCGUUUGAACCAAGUUCUUCGAUGGGCCUUGGGUUCUAUUGAGAUUUUGCUGAGCAGGCAUUGCCCCAUCUGGUAUGGUUACAAAGGAAGAUUGAAGCUUCUGGAGAGACUGGCAUACAUUAACACUAUCGUUUACCCCCUUACCUCUAUUCCUUUGCUUGCUUAUUGUAUGCUUCCAGCCUUCUGCCUUCUGACCGGAAAAUUUAUCAUUCCCGAGAUAAGCAACUAUGCUAGCAUGUGGUUCAUUCUCCUUUUCGUCUCCAUAUUCGCCACUGGAAUACUUGAGCUUAGGUGGAGUGGUGUCAGUAUUGAAGACUGGUGGAGAAAUGAACAAUUUUGGGUCAUUGGUGGGACAUCAGCUCAUCUCUUUGCUGUUUUCCAGGGUCUUCUUAAAGUUCUUGCCGGAAUAGAUACCAACUUUACUGUCACUUCAAAGGCAUCCGACGAUGAUGGCGAGUUUGCAGAGCUUUAUGUUUUCAAAUGGACAUCACUUCUCAUUCCUCCAACCACAGUACUUAUUAUCAACCUGGUGGGCAUCGUGGCUGGUGUAUCGUAUGCCAUAAACAGUGGUUACCAAUCCUGGGGACCACUUUUCGGCAAGCUUUUCUUCGCCAUCUGGGUGAUUGCCCAUUUGUAUCCUUUCUUGAAAGGUCUGGUGGGUCGUCAGAAUCGCACCCCUACAAUCGUCAUCGUGUGGUCUAUACUUCUCGCUUCUAUCUUCUCGUUGCUGUGGGUGCGCAUCGACCCCUUCACAUCGGAUGCUACAAAAGCCGCUGCGAACGGUCAGUGUGGCAUCAACUGUUAGUUUCGUUUUCGGAUAAUUUUGUUCCUGUAAAUGCUCUCUCCCCUUCAAGCUGGCUAUUGUGCGUAUAUAACCAAGAAGAGAGAGAGAGAAAGGCUCCAAACCAUAAAUUCCCAGAUGGAGAGCCCUAAGAGCAAGAACCCAGAUAUUAUUGGUGAUGAAGUUUGAUGAUGAUGAUGUGUUAUUUUAAAUGUUCCUUGCAUUGUUUUCGAUUAUGUAGAGAUAUUUAUUCAU